UAAAUAUUACAGGGUCUUUCAGCUUAUAGACACCAGAGAGAAGCCUCCCCCCAGCAAAAAUACAAUUUAAAAUACUUCCAGCAAACUACACAUUUGCAAAUACAGAAAACAAUCAAAAGACUAUAACCGCCUUUCUACUCAAUACUCACUAUUCUGAAUAUAUAAGAGACUGUAGCAGGGAGAUUGGCAAGAAACCUGGUUGCACGUCUAGUCCCUUUCAGGACUCAGAGAGAACAAAGCAAAACCCAAAAACCACAAACAAAGGCUUCCCUCCACUGAGAUUUGAAAGUAUCUUGUUUCCUGAUUGGUCCUCUGGUCAGGUGUUUUUGGUUCCCUGUUUGUUAAUCCUUUACAGGUAAAAGAGACAUUAAUCUUUAACUAUCUGUUUAUGACAGGACCCACCAUACCAAUGUCGGCCAUUUUGCCACACCUUGUAAAAACAUCCCAUUCUUGGUGGUUCCAUUAAGUGCUGUUGUCUAGAUACGAAUAUUGUUCACAAACGGCACCCUAUUUAUUUCAGUAGGGUCUCGAGUAGUUAGGCUGGCAGACUGGAAACGAUUUCCCAUUUUCCACUAUAGUUUAUCCUCCGUGUUUCCUUGGAUAUGACUUUGUCAACAAUAAUCAUUCAUCUCAUAUGGCAGCAACACCCUAGUUAAGCUUGUAAGCGGCUUUAUUUUAGCUGGAUGAUAAAGUUCUCCUAGCAUUUUGAUUUAUAAUAUUCAAUUUGAAAUGCUGACUGUAGCAUUUUACAUUUUCUAGGGCAUUUUGGAGGGAGGGAAAUAUCCAAGUUUAGUUGUCAGUUUCCAAAAAGGGCCACGUGAUCACAAAAUGAUGCACUAAAGCGCAAAAUGUUCAGAAGGACCCAGUUGACUUAGGCACUUUGGAAGAUUUUCUUCAGAGCCUUUCAGAAAAACGUAAUCAAGCAACAUGAUGUGUGAAGGAACAGUGUGUUGUUUAGACUCACGUCGGUGAAAGCUCUCAGCUUGCACUUGGCUUCUCUUUGGGGGUGUAACGACGUCAUGUUUUGAAUGCUGAUGAGAGACUUAUUAACAAGCCAUAAGAACUGCAAAUUGUCACCGGUGACAGAAGCCAUCCUGCUGGGAUGUUACACUCCCUUUGCACAGGAGUUACACAGACACAACAGAGAGUUUAACAGGCCAGAUCCACAACCCAGAACGAUACCAGAGCAGCAGUUCUCAGACUGUGGGUUGGGACACUAAGCAUUUUUUUUUAAAAGGGGUUUGAGUAGUAACCACAGAUUUAAAAACAAAAAUAAUUUCCCUAGUCUGUAAAGGGGGGGGCAUUUAAACAAAAAACCUUGGCUAAAUUGCAAGCCACUGGCUGGUGGCCACAUAUAAGCAGUAAUGUCAAACAGAUUGUAAAGAAUCACCAAGUGAUCCAUCUCCUGUUGCCCGUUCCCAGCUUGUGGCAUACAGAGGCUGGGGACACCAGCCCUGCCCAGCCUGGCUACUAGCCAUUGAUGGACCUGUCCUCCAUGAACUGAUCUAGUUCUUUUUGAACCCUUUUAUAGCCUCUAAAAUAGCAAAUAAAAGGGCCUGGAGCUGGUUUACAACUUGAUUACAUUGGCCCUUUAGCAAGAGCGGCCAGGGGUAAUCAGUGUUGUUUGUUCCGGGGCUCUGGUCUGAUUCCUGGGUUAACUCGGUUGCAAUGUAGAUGCAGGAGGGAUUGGGAUAGCGCUGAGGCUCACGCACAGGUUUAUGUCACAGUGCAAACAGACUCAGUAUGUCCCAGCUUACCAGUUUCACCCCAGAUCCCUGCUCCACUUAACAUACAGCUCUUUGGUAAGUGUACAGGGAAACCAAGAUUGAACGGAGCAUGGAGGUUCAGUCGUAGGAAGUAGGAAUAUUGGACACAAACGGUUACAAUAAAAUAAAAUUGUAACUCGCCUUCUAAAGGCUAGACUUAAUUAACAAGACAUGCAUGCCUACCAAUGUGUAGCUCCUCCACCAUUCUCACACCAUUAUAGAGCCAAGGAGGCUGUGAUCCCUCUCCCAAUGGACAACCUGUGCUGUCAGCUGGCCUCCUCGGUGAAGGAUCCAGUGUGUCUCUCUUGGGCUUAGAUAUAGAGUUUAUCCCCUCCUCUUUCUCUCCUCUGGGGAAGGGUUGCGGGGGGGGGAUUCAUUUCCUGAUUUCUUUGAUCUCUCUGGUAUUUAUUUUGGUUCCUUCCCCCCCUUUUCCAUUCCUCUGUCGGUGGUUUUCUGUCUCCUCGGCACAGGGGGUGGCCCAUAUCUGGAUUCUCAGCAUAAUACAGUCUCCAGGAGAUGCAAAGGGGACGUUUUCUGUGCUUGGCCCCAGACCAAAGCCUGUGAGAGUCAGCGCAGGGCAGAGAAAAGUGUCAGGAGCUGCUCACACCUUAUGAGAUGUCAGAGCAUCCUCACGGGCGAGCGACCCUACCCAUGCUCUGAGGGUGGGAAAAGCUUCAGCCAGAGCUCCUCGCUGAUUAGACACCAGCGAAUCCACACAGGGAAGACCCCGUUCGUGUGCGCCAAGUGCGGGAGACGCUUUAGCCAGCGCUCAUCCCUGGUCACACACCGGAGAAUCCACACCGGCGAGAUGCUCUACACCUGUGCCGAGCGUGGGAAAAGCUUCCGGCAGAGCUCAAACCUGAUCACGAACCAGAGAAUCCACACCAGCGAGAUGCCCUACACCUGCGCCGAGUGCGGGAAAAGCUUCCGGCAGAGCUCAAACCUCAUCACACACCGGAAGAUCCACACCAGGGAGAUGCCCUACACCUGCGUCGAGUGA